AUGAGCAGAGCUUCUCUGCUGUCCACCCCUCUUCCCGGAGAAGACCUCAUCAUCUAUCUCUCGGUCUCAGCAUUGGCUCUGAGUUCUGUGCUCAUCUGUCGACCGAACGGCAUUGAGCUCCCCAUCUUUUAUAUGAGCCAUGCAUUGCAGGACGCAGAGCAACGGUACCCCCAACUUGAACAGUUGGCCUACGCUUUCGUCCUUUCUUCGCGCAAACUUCGGCCCUACUUUCAGGCUCACAGCAUCGACGUAUUGACCAAUCAACUCCUGCGGCAGGUCUUGCAGAAGCCAGAGACAUCAGGACGACUGAUCAAAUGGGCCAUCGAGCUUGGCGAGUUCGACAUCAGGUAUCACCCUCGGCCUUCUGAAAAAGGACAGGCCGUGGCCAAUUUCAUCUCAGAAUUCACACUUCCAACCAACGACGGACGACCAAUCGACCCUGUCACGGCACCACCUUCGGCUAACAAUACAUUCGAUCAAAAUAGUCGUCACUGGACAUUAUACGUGGACGGCUCAUCCAAUCGGUAG